AUGUUCUUAAACAGAAAGAGCUCUACUUUUAUGAAAAAAUACUGUAAAAGUAUAUGCAAAAGAUAUCACUUGCGAUUCAAUUCCACAAAUCUGUCAGAAUGGAAGCCUACAAUAGGUCUAGAAAUUCAUGCUCAAAUUGCAACAAAUUCAAAAUUAUUUUCUGGAGCUUCAACAAAGUUUAAUAGUCCAGCUAAUUCUUGUGUGUCACUGUUUGAUUGUGCAAUACCAGGAACAAUGCCAGUGUUGAAUAAGAAAUGCGUAGAAGCUGGAGUAUUAACUGCCUUGGCUCUGUCUUGUAAAAUGAAUGAUGUCUCAAUGUUUGAGAGAAAACAUUAUUUUUAUUGUGACUUACCAGCAGGAUUUCAAAUUACACAGCACAAAAAGCCCUUGGCUAUGGAUGGGAAAAUCAAGUUUAUGGUAUUCAAUCCGAGUAUCCAUAAAAAAGCCUACUUAAAAUCAUCUACAAUCAAACAAAUACAGUUGGAGCAAGACAGUGGAAGAACAUUCCACAAUGAACUCCUUGGAAAGAAUCUCAUUGAUCUUAAUCGUGCUGGAUUACCACUGAUGGAAUUGGUCUUUGAACCUGAUUUAACAGAUGGAGAGGAGGCAGCUGCACUUGUGAAGGAACUUGUGCUGAUUCUAAAAUUGUUAGACACAUGUUCAUGUAAAAUGGAAGAAGGGGCAUUAAGAGUAGAUGCAAAUGUUUCUGUGAGCAAAGAUAAUACUCUUCUGGGUACUCGUACGGAGAUAAAAAAUAUUGGAAGUACACGUGCUGUAUGUAAUGCUAUUCAGUACGAAAUAGAAAGACAAAUUUCGGUUUUGGAAUCAGGUGGUCGAAUUGUCACUGAGACUCGCGCAUGGGAUCCGAUUAUGAAAAAGACACUUGCCAUGCGUGAAAAAGAGGACAAUCAUGAUUACCGUUUUAUGCCUGAACCAAAUUUACUUCCCUUACGCUUACAUGUUGACGGGGCGAAAGAAAACAAGUACAAUUUGAUUGAUGUUUCGUCAAUCGAAAAGCAAUUACCAGAAUUGCCAGAAAAAAUUAGGCAAAUACUAAUGGAGGAUUUUGCUAUUACACCUAAUAUGACCGUAGCCAUAAUGAAUGAUCUAGAAAUAUUACAACUAUUUCGUGACCUAGUAUCAAAAAAUAAGAAUCGUGAUCCUCAGUUGGUAGCACGGGUUUUUGUGACCAUUCUCUUUGGCUUUUUAAAGAAUAAUAACUUGGAUUUUACGUUUUUGGUAAAUAAUAGAAACUACAUUGGACAAUUAAUUGACUUACUACAAGAUAAAGUAAUAAACUACAAUAUAGCAGGAAAGAUAUUAAACGUACGACUUGAACAACCAAAAAAAGAACCAAAACAGAUUGUUGAAGAAAAUAAUUGGUUCAUGAUAACAGACGAAAAGGAAUUAGAGAAAUUAUGCUUAGAUAUAUUGAACAAAAAUCCUAAACUUGUUGCAAAGUACAAAAGAGGCAAGACGAAAGUAUUUAACCAGUUUAUGCGGGCAGCAGUUGUAGCUACUAAUGAAUGUGCAGAUAUGGUUCAACUUACACAAAUUUUCACAAAACUGUUAAAUUAG